AGCUUAGCAGGCUAGGUGGCUAACUAGCUACGAAUUUUGCUUCCUUUUAAUGGUUUCUAAUAUUUUAUAUAUAUAUGUAUAAAUAUAUAUAUAUUAUCUGAAACGAACACGAGACGUUUGUAGCCGGGCUGAGGUGUUAGAGAUAACAGUUUCGUCCUGUAUCGAGUCAGAGAGAUAUUUAAGUGUUAUUUGUUAGCCAGCGUCGGCUAACUGUUCCCCUUCCACCAUGGCAAGUGCAGCUAACACAAACCUAAACGCAGUCCGGGAGACAAUGGACGUGCUGCUGGAGAUCUCCAGGUUGCUGAAUACUGGUUUGGACAUGGAGUCUCUGUCCAUAUGUGUGAGACUGUGUGAGCAGGGCAUCAACCCAGAGGCCCUGUCUGCUGUCAUCAAAGAGCUGCGUAAAGCGUCUGAGUCCCUGAAGGCUUCUGAAAACUGCACAAACUGAAGGUGAAAACCAUAGUGUUGGACAUUUAAUAGGAUCAUAACCUGUUCCUGGAUCUGCACUUACCAUGGCCUCUACAGCCAUUUGUGUGGGCCAUCUGUCUUCUGCGCCACCACGGCGACAAACAUGCAUCCUGUUCUUUGCAUUGACUCGAGCCAGAGUUUUUGUGUAGAGGCGUCAGCCACAGACGUUCAAGAACAUAAGCCAUCUCCAAGCAGGAGGGCACACUCAGCCUUUCUGACUCACAUUUAGGCUUGCUCCGAGUUUCUUCUACCACCAUUUGUAAAAAGUUCAGAGUGGUAUCAGUGUUGUCAUCCUGCCUUAAUUUAGGAUCAUAAUUACAAUUUCUGAACUUGUGUUGCACUUUUCAUGAGGAAAUGUCUUUUAUUUUGUCUUUUUAUGUCCAUGAGUUUAGAUUUUUUGUUAUUUUGUGUAAACACAAGGCAUUUUCCAAAUUCUGCUAUUUCAUGUUGUUGUCCAUGUGGAACAGUAUCUAAAUUAAAAUGUUGCAGUCAACGGCCACCAGGUGGUGUUAUCAUCCUUAUUCCAAUCUGAGGUAAAGAUCUUCUAUGGGUUUUAGAUUGUGUCCAAGAUCUUAUCAUGAGUUUUCUAAUAUGUUGUUCAGAGCAAUUCAAUACUUUGAUUUUAUGGGAAACUUUAAAAACAUUUUUUUGUUUGUCUGUCUUUGCUCAUUUUAGAAUGCAGCAAAACUGUGAUAUUCUUACAAUACUUUUGUCAUUAGAAGUGGAAUUUUCUAGAGCAUUUUACAAAGAAAAUUAUCUUUCUAGUCACACUAGGUGAAAAAGGUAAAUAUACUGGUGGAAUAUUGCACAUUACAAUAAAAACAGACAGGAGUGAUCCCAUCUACAGUCAACAUACUAUCCAAAAAAAUAAGACAUAAACAAGGGUCAUUUGUUACAGCAGAACAGAGAAACCUUGCCUUUCUUAUUUCUGCACUCUAUCUAAAAAUCUAAGAGGUAUACUGCAAAGUUGACAAAAUAAAGCCAUCUUUGAUCAACCAGAAA